AUCUCACCUGAUGAUAUGUGACGAUGCAGUCAGAUAAUGGAAGCACUCUGACAGUUUCUACGCGGCAUCGUACCUGGACAAUAAAUCGCUUGGAGUUACGUCUUUGCCGGUCGGGUGUUAACUAGUCACGGAAGAAUCCUAACACCAGACCAAACCUGCCAAUUUAGAAAUUAUAAAAUCCUAAACUAACGCGUCAAGUCCACAGCACUACCAACUGCGCCAGAGUGUGAGAGAGUGAAAGUGAAUAGGCUGACCUAAGUCAAGCUAUGAAAUACUGAUUUUUUCUGUCUUCCAAGAAAUUUUCGAGUAUAAGUUCUCAUCCCGGAGUUUGGGAGUUGGCUUAACGUGCCUUGGAGAGCACGAUAAGCCAUCGUUCUGUCUUUAUCAUUAACAUCUAAUAGGAACCGUUAAAAAUUCAAGCUUUAUCACUCAAGCCCAUCAUUCCACAUUGGAGAUGAGGUUGGUCGAAGCACCAUAUCCCCGCUCUUAGCCUGGCCUGGCCAUGUAUGUAUGACGUAUGAUGAUGAGGUAAUAAGAAACGUUCCAAGAACUCCAAUAUCAAUACAAAACACCAAAGAGGUGCAUGAAAAAAGAUUUCUACCAAAUCACGACACCGCAUAAUGCUAUCAUAAUGAAAUUAUCACAUACAAACACGAGUAUGACAGGUGUUUGGUUAAAGAAAAUCUGAAUACAGUGACGGAGAUGAACACGAGGAGCGAGACGCGAACAACUGCGCACGCGCAUAUAGUGUACCGAUAAAGUGUUGCGAUUGUUGGCAUAACUUGUACAAAAUGGGUUAAAAUAUUUAAUUUUGAGGCUAUUAUGUACAUGCUUGAAGAGUAUCAGUGAUAGUUUAUUAUGAUAGUAAUAGUCUGUGAAAAGAAAGGUGAUUUUGUGAAUUGAAUAAGGAUCUAAAGAGCAUAGAUUGAUAUAAACGUGGUCCCAUGAUUGAGCAAUGAGGUUGGCCCUUACAGUGAGCCUUCUAUUUUGCUACGCUCAACACGCUAAAUGUAACCUUCUAGAAGAAUACGAAGAGCUAUCCCGCAACAUUCUGUAUCCUCCAGAAGAUCACACCGCUGCUGCAUUGCCUAUAGAAGUAGAGAAAGACAAAACUUCUGGUUGUAUUUGCAGAAGUACUAAGAAUCGAAGGGUUACCGUGUGCUUCGGCAACUACGCAUGUCGAAGGUUUCCAAAGGUUAACGUUCGUAAUAGUGAACUAUUUGUAGUCAGAACAACAGUUUUACCCGAUAUACGAGUUGGUGAUUUGGAUUCGUUGCAAUACUUGACGGCUUUGAAAAUAGACGCUAAUCACCAACUGAAGUACUUGCAGCCCGGACUAUUUAGAAAUCUGACUAAAUUACAACGAUUAUCAAUAUCUUACAACACUCAACUUCACGUGAUCCACGACGGUACGUUCUCAGGGUUGAAGAGUCUGAAGGAACUAAGUCUAGUCAACAAUGGUUUCACAAAUAUUUUAAUGUUAACUCCGGCAUUAAAACCUUAUAUGUUACCGUCCUUAAAAAUGUUAGACAUAUCAGAAAACACCUUUGAAACGAUACCUGAAAACGCUUUCGAGCCUAUGACGGGAACAACGCUAACAAAGCUUUAUAUAAAUUUGUGUCGACUUGAUUUUAUUCAUCCUAAUAGCUUUUUAAGUUUGAAAAUGCUCCAAGAGUUAGGUGUAGGUGCGAAUGACUUCAAUUCUACAAUAGUAAGUGAUAUUCUUAUCAGCCUAAAGAAGCAUAAUAUGAGCUUGAGAACUCUCGACUUGUCUGACAUGGGAUUCCGCAAACAUCCUCCGAGAAGGCUAAUGGAAGUUAUUGCAAAUACAACUGUAGAAAAAUUAACUUUAUCGGAUAAUCAAUUUGAAAUAAUUACAGAUGAUACCUUUCCAAAGAUGCCUAACAUAAAUGUCUUAAAUUUACGGAGAAUAAGCACUAUGUUAAUUGGACCAAAAGCGUUUAAUCCUUUUAAGUUUCCAAAUCUCCGUAUCCUGCUAUUAAGUGGCAACAACUUACCUGGUAUUCAUUUCAGGCACAUUCCGAAUCAACAGCUAAUACUUUUGGAUUUAUCAUCUAAUAAAGGAACUAACUCUAACCCUAUGUACUUUGAAAUCGACAGAGGAGCAUUUCUCGAAUGCAAAUCAUUAAGGGUUCUUAAUUUGGCUUUUAACAGAAUGAAAUCAAUCUUUGAUUACACAUUCAUGGGCUUAGAAAAUCUCAGGAUGUUAAAUUUAGAAAAUGGCACAAUAUUUUACAUUGGCAACAAAACCUUUAAACCUUUGAAACAUUUAGAAAUACUUAUUUUAGCUAAUAAUCCUUUAACUGCUAAUCAGAAUUUAACAAGUGAAAUGUUUGACGGAUUAAAUGAACUGAAAAUGUUAAAUCUAAAGAAUUGUGGUAUUAAACAUCUUUACGAUGAUGACAACAUGUUUGAGAUGAUGCCAAGUUUGACUCAUCUGAUAUUGGCUAACAAUGAAUUGUAUUAUAUUACAACGGAGUUAUUGAAACCGAUGAAAUUUUUGCAGGUAUUAGACUUAAGUGAUAAUCUGAUUAUGUCGUGGUGGAAGCCCUUAUUUUUGUCAUCAGGGGUCAAGCCUCACACUUUGUACUUAGGAGACAAUAAAAUUUCGCAAAUUACGAUAAGCAUGAUGCAGGACAUCAAUUACUUGCUAGAAAAUAAAGGAAAUUAUUCCAUCGAAAUUGACUUUAUGGACAAUGUGUUUAUUUGUGAUUGUUUUUCUAUGUACAAGCCAUACAUGUGGUUGCAAAUAAAUGGUUCGAAAGACCUCCUUGAUUAUUUUGUAGAGUCUAAUUUUUUAUGCAGUAGUCCAGAUCUAUGGGAAGAUCGAAGAGUAGCAGAAUACCUCUCCUCCAUUAAGAAUUUGCGCUGUUUGAUGUAUGAGAAAAUCUCAAAUUUAAUGCUUUUAGUGUGGACGGCGCCAUCCAUAGUGACAUUAAUAAUUUUAGUCAUAAUAGGAGUGUUCAUUUACAAAUAUAGAAUUUACAUUAGAUACUGGCUGUUUUUAGCCAAACUAGCAUUAGGAAGAAAAUUUAUAAAGAAAUCCUUGAAAACCCCACCCGACCAAGAGACCAUUCAUAAAUACGAUGCAUUUGUGUCCUACUGUAAUGACGAUAGAGAGUUUGUUUCUGAAUUGAUAACUCAAUUAGAAGGUACACCACCUUAUUUAAAACUAUGUAUAUAUGAGAGAGAUUUUGAGAUAGGGUCAUUUAUAUCAGAAUCAAUAUUGGCUAGUAUUAAUGAAAGUAGAUAUAUAAUUUUAGUUAUAAGUAACAGUUUUGCGAAAUCCCAAUGGUGCAGAUGGGAGACCCAGUUGGCAGAAUAUCACAGAUUAUUUCUCGAGGACGGUACCGCUUACGAUCCUUUAGUACUAAUAAGAAUGGGUGACGUGGAGAGCAAAUAUUUAACAACGACUUUAAAGUAUCUAUUGAAGACAAAGAUAUACUUAUCGUGGGAGGAAACGCAAGCGGAACAGUUUUGGAAGAAAUUAAGAAAUGUACUCAUUAAAAAUAGAUAG